AAACAAUGAGACGAGUGGUACGCCAGAGCAAGUUUCGGCACGUGUUCGGUCAGGCGGUGAAAAACGACCAGUGUUACGAUGACAUCAGGGUCUCCCGCGUGACCUGGGACAGCUCGUUCUGCGCCGUGAAUCCCAAGUUCGUGGCCAUCAUCAUCGAGGCUAGCGGCGGAGGGGCCUUUCUGGUUCUGCCGUUACACAAGACAGGUAGAAUCGACAAAUCUUACCCCACAGUAUGUGGCCAUACGGGGCCGGUCCUGGACAUCGAUUGGUGCCCCCACAACGACCACGUCGUUGCCAGUGGCUCGGAAGACUGCACGGUGAUGGUCUGGCAGAUCCCAGAGAACGGUCUCACGCUGUCCUUGACCGAGCCAGUGGUCAUCUUGGAAGGGCAUUCCAAGAGGGUGGGCAUCGUCGCCUGGCACCCCACGGCCCGCAACGUGCUGCUGAGCGCCGGUUGCGACAACGCCAUCAUCAUUUGGAACGUAGGCACAGGGGAGCCCCUGAUCAACCUGGACGAUAUGCACCAGGACAUGAUCUACAACGUCAGCUGGAAUCGCAACGGGAGCCUCAUCUGCACAGCUUCUAAGGACAAGAAGGUCCGCGUGAUCGACCCCAGGAAGCAGGAGAUCGUGGCCGAGAAAGAGAAGGCGCACGAAGGGGCGCGGCCGAUGCGAGCCAUCUUCCUCUCGGACGGGAACAUCUUCACCACCGGCUUCAGCCGCAUGAGCGAGAGGCAGCUGGCCCUCUGGAACCCCAAAAGUAUGGAAGAGCCCAUCGCCCUCCACGAAAUGGACACCAGCAACGGGGUGCUGCUUCCUUUCUACGAUCCAGACACCAACAUCAUUUACUUAUGUGGAAAAGGCGACAGCAGCAUCCGUUACUUCGAGAUCACCGCCGAGUCCCCCUACGUUCACUACCUCAACACCUUCAGCAGCAAAGAGCCCCAGAGAGGGAUGGGCUUCAUGCCGAAGCGAGGCUUGGAUGUCAACAAGUGCGAGAUAGCCAGGUUCUUCAAACUCCACGAGCGGAAGUGUGAGCCCAUUAUCAUGACCGUCCCUCGGAAGUCUGACCUUUUCCAAGACGAUCUGUAUCCAGACACCGCUGGACCAGAAGCGGCUCUAGAAGCAGAGGAGUGGUUUGAGGGCAAGAACGCCGACCCCAUCCUCAUCUCCUUGAAGCACGGCUACAUCCCGGGCAAAAACAGGGACCUCAAGGUGGUGAAGAAGAACAUACUGGACAACAAGCUGGCCGCCCUCAAGAAGAGUGAUGUCGUCAGCACCCCAAAGAAAGCAGCAGCAGUAGACCCUUCCAGCACUCAAAACGAAGCCAAAUUGGAUGAAAUUUUGAAAGAGCUCAAAUCUCUAAAAGACACAAUCACCCAUCAAGAUGAACGCAUUUCCAAGUUAGAACAGCAGAUGGCGAAGAUGGCCGUUUGAGGGCCGGGCGGGGAUGGGGUGGGGGGAGGAGGAAGGAAGGAAAGAAAGAAAGAAAGAAAAAGGAAGGAAGGAAGGAAGGAAAGGAAGGAAGCCGAGUGCCCGAAAUGUGAGCCACGCUGUGGGUUCGGUGGGAAGACCCCCGCCCGUCGUCGGGAGGACGUUUCCAAAGCCGGGCCUGCGUGACCACUUCGGGUCCCGUUCCCGGUUCCGGCCCGAGGUUUCUCCUCCUCAAUUCCGAAGCGCCAGCAAAAGCCGACGACGAUUUUGAAACCAAGCCCCUUUUGAGUGCGGAAACCUUAAUUUUCUAUUGUUUUGGUGACCUGUGGCCAUUUCAAGACUGCUGCUGUUACAACUCGUUGCUCCUUGUGCUUUCAUUUAUUUGAAAACAAAACAAACAAACAAAACCAGCCAUUCCACUCACCCCUCUUGACGAGGAGCCAAGAUAAUGUAUUGAACUUUCUAGGAUUUGGGACCAAAAUCACAUUGGUUGUUUUUUUUAAAGAAAGUAUAACUUUUUUUAAAAUUUUGACUUUUAAGUUGCCAAAAUCCCAAAGUAUUUCCCUCCCCCUGACCUCCUUUUUACCAUUUUUCAGUAUUCUUUGUUUUUAAUCUCAAGGAACAUCACUCUCUUGUGUAUUUGUGCCGUUCAGAGAACAAAAUGAGUUCUGUGUAAACGCUGUUAAAUCUUCAGACGAUUGUAAAGAUAAUCCCACUGCCAGGUGUCGAGAGACCCACCCAUCGAAAGAGUUUUGAGCUUUCUGACUUGCCAUAAAUACAUCCUCAUUCAACCCC